AUGCAGUCCUAUCUGCGAGACCGAUUGGAUGAGUUUCACCAAGACAGCAAUUUCCUCGAACCUCUGCGAACAGCGUCGCAGCACUGGGAGGACCCUCCACGACUCUGUGACUUUGCGCCUGAUCUAAUCCGUUCUAAAUCUGGAGAAAUCUUUGAGAACAGACGGCGAGGACUGUUCGUGCAAUUGCAACGGCUAUCUCUCUCUGGUCCGGGACUCGGUAGUGCUGCGCGCGCAGUAGUUGUACCGGG